CAUCAAAUGACAAAUUAGUCAGUUUUUUACGUCUUCAAAAUGAAAAUUUCGAAGAAAUGCGUUUCCGAUAAAUUUCCAUAUAUUUCAAUAGAUUCUGAUUUCAAAAUGUUUCCUAAAAAACUCAAUAUUCAAUACUAAUCAACUAAAACCAAAAACAAAAACCCACAUAUCAAUAAAAACGUAUAACUACACUUUUGUAAUACUUUAAAAAAACGCAAAAUAAGAUGGUAACAAUUUUUCCGAGUUAUACGUACCCCAAACGCGUAACACGGUCGAAUCGAGCAAAAUGGAUCCCAUCCAAUUCUACAAAUUAUUAUAAAAAAAUUUAAGAUCGUAACGAGAGAGUAUAAUAAUUUAUGAUGAUUAUAUAAUAAUAAAUGGUGGGCCCUUAGAUGGUAAAAGCUGGAAACUGGGCUACAAAGCCUCCUCUACUGUCUCGAAACUAUGUAUGGUCUACUGUCUCACACCCAUGUUUGGUCCUCUCUCUUUACCUCAACUCAUACAGAUCUGACCAAAAUCUCCUCUUCACGACCAGCUGCAACAAAAACUAUAUUUUUAAUUAUUUUUCUCAUUUCAGUUUUAUUAGUAGUAUAUACUAGAAUAAUUCUAGUUUUCUCUCUAUAUAUAUAUUUUUUAAAAUACUGCCAUUAUCGUCACUUGUCACUAAAUGACUAAAGCAGACCCCAUUGGGUCACAAUUAGUAAACAAAGGAAAAAGGAAGGAAUCCUAAAAUCUUUGUCGAUAAUAAUAAUAACCAAACAAAAAAAGUUAAAUAUAAAUCUAAGAAAAAGAUACAUCCUCUGAUGUUGAACACUAACCACUAAAGACCCCUCUCUCUCUCUCUCAAAUUUUUUUUUCUCUUUCAGAUUUUUGAGAGUCUUCCUCUCUAUUAUCUCUCUGCCUCCUCAUGGUCUAGUUUUUUAAAUAAUUUUUAUAAAUAUUAUGUGAUAGUUACAGACACGUUAUAUAUGUGUGUAUGUAUAAUCUAUCUAUAUUGAUGGAGACAAUAACCAUUCGUACCUGACCAUUUCUUUUGUGAUAUUUUUUUAUUCUUCUUUCUCCUUUUUUUUCCCGUCUCCCAGAUCUGCUUCCUCAAUCUUACCAUUGGAAAGCUUCAAGCUAAUUUUCAGGGGACAGGAUCAAAGAGUGAGAUCGUAGAGGAAGAAAGCCAUGUACUUCUUCGGUUUGUCCAAAGAAGAAGUGUUGUCACAGAAACAUGAUGUACCGUAUAAAGAGACUUUUAAUCAGAAUCCAGUCACUCUGUUUGGGAGACAGGUGUAUCCGGUGAAUAGCAAUAGCUCCAACUCUGUUGAUGGGUCUAUGAAGAUGAAAGAUAUUGAUCUUCGGCUUCCUGCAGAUCAUUAUGCUUAUGUAGAGACUGGAUUUCAUUCAGCGUCUGAAGCUAAUAAGGAGAGAGAAGCGUUAGACACAAACUGGAGUGGCAAGAGAGACCCAAGAAUUGUUAUUGAUCUUGAAGAGCUUCCCACAACAGAGGAUGAAGAUUCUGUUAGCUAUGUUCCUGAAACAGAACCGUCAUGCUUAGCUGGUCAGAUCAGCUCAAACAGUCUGAAGGUGGUGGGUCAAUCUCGUGUAGAAGAUGGUAGUGCAGGUUUACUAGAUCUUAAUACAACCCCGGAUGAGUUGGUGUCCGAGCCUCACUUGUGUUUCUUACAAGAUCUCAACUGUCCUUACGUCGAAGAGACUGAAACAAGCUGCGAGAAGAGUGGAGUAGAUGAUGGUCCUACGUCACAUAGCUCUCCUAAAUGCCAAAAUGUACAUGAAAAGGACGGUACAGAGUCUCCAGCUUCAGAUACUUCUUGCUGCACCACUGAAAACAACUUAAGAAGAGGUUCACUGGAUCCUUCUUGCCGUACCAGGCUUGAGUUUCCUGAAUUACCAGAGAACGAAUGUUGUAAUGAGGGGGUGGAGGAGGAGGAAGAGUUCUCUGAAGUUAUGCUAAUGGCAGCUGAAUCAUUAGUCCACAUAUCAGCAGUUUCAUAUCAAAAUAAAGACAAACCAAAGAAGGGUAACGUGGAACCAAGAUGUUUCUCAUGUGAUUCAUAUGAGCUACACACGUUAGGAAUAAGCGAAACCAACACGGAAGAAGAGUUCUGCGUGUCAUCAAUGGCUAUGGAUAAGCUUAAUAACAUCACAAGAGAGGACAACAAAGAGUUUGGACUCAAGCUGAGAAGAGGGAGGAGAAUGAAGCACUUUCAGAAGGAGGUACUCCCUAGCUUAACGUCGCUCUCUAGGCACGAGAUACGCGAAGACAUGAACAUCUUGGAAGCGGUUUUUAGAUCAAGAGAGUACAAGAAGAUGCAGGGGAAAACGAGAGAUGUUAAACUUGGAGCAAACCUGAGAAACAAACGUUUAGUGUCACAGAGGUACGUUGGUAAAAGAAGGUGAAAACAUGAAUGAGUUUUAUAUAUCUUUAUGGGUUUCAGAUUCUAUCUUACAAUUGCUUCAUUGUGUACUCUUUUAACAGUCUCUUUUUUUGUUUAAUUUACGACUGAUUAUGAUACGAGAAAAAAGCUAAUGAGCCAAUGACAUUAUGUUUCUUAUUCUUGCUCAAAAGGAUACUUAAGUAGCUACUGGUCUGUAAAUUAACGUUUUAAUAUGAAUAGACUUGAAUGUGUUCUUGGA